AUGUCUUCGGAAAAGAUGCCAAUGGACGCCAAAGAUGGUGAUAUCGAGCCCCAUUCGGCAGCCGCGAGCUCCGACCUCACGAUCGACCCGGCUGCGGAAAAGCGUCUUCUAAGGAAAUUGGACGCAUGGCUCUCACCAAUGAUGAUCAUUGCUUUCUUAGUCGCUUACCUCGAUCGCAGCAAUAUCGGCAACGCCGCAAUUGCAGGCAUGACAGAGGACUUAAGCCUCACGGGCAACAAGCUGAAUGUCGCUGUCACUGUGUUCUAUGUAACUUACAUCACCUUCGAAAUCCCGGCAUCCCUAAUUCUCAAGAGAGCACGGCCGAGUCGACUUAUCCCAUUCUUCAUCCUGUCCUGGAGCGCAACAGUUAUCGGUUCGGCCUUUGUCACCAACUAUGCCGGUCUUCUCGCAACUCGUCUCCUCAUUGGUGUCUUUGAGAGUGGUCUUUUCCCGUGCCUGACGCUCUACCUUAGCACAUACUACAAGCGCGAGGAGCAAGCUCGAAGAAUUUCAUACCUUUUCGUUGCGUCUGCGUUGUCUGGUGCCUUUGGCGGUCUUUUGGCCUACGGGCUGACAAGCUUGCACGGUGCGAGCGGCUUGGCUGGAUGGAGAUGGCUUUUUCUUAUUGAAGGUGUCAUCUCCGUGGCGGUUGGCUUGGCCUUCAUUCUUCUCCUUCCUGACAGCUUCGAGUCGGCCAGAUGGCUUACCGAAGAUGACAAGGCGCUGAUGCGCAUCCGUGCUGAGCAGUCCAGGGUCUACCAGGGUGAGUCGGAAUCGUUCGACAAACAAGAAGUCAAACUCGCAUUCAAAGAUCCCAAGGUUUGGCUGUCAGCUGGCUGCCAAUUCUGCGCGAACACCUGCUCUUUCGGCUUCGGAACUUUCUUGCCAGUCAUCAUCCGCGGGUUUGGAUACAGCAGCAUCAAGACCCAGCUCCUGACUGUGCCGGUCUACAUCUGGGCAUCGGCAGUCUACCUCACUAUUGCUUACAUCUCGGACAAGAUCAACAAGCGUGCUCUUUUCAUGGUUCCUAUGGCUUUGAUCACCGCCACAGGCUACGCUCUGAUGCUUGGUGUAAACAUGAAGUCAACUUCGGUCCUCUACUUUGCGACUUUCGUCACGGCAACGGGCAUCUACUGUGUUGUCGGCCUCAACGUCACGUGGAUUUCGAACAGCAACGCUGGAUACUUCAAGCGUGCCACAGCGAUUGGCCUACAACAAACCAUCGGAAACAGCGCUGGUAUCAUGGCUGGACAGAUCUACCGCAUUACUACUUCGGACGGAAGAUACACGAUUGGUCAUGCGGUCUCUAUCUGCACCAUUACGAUUGCGUCGGUUGGCUACUUUACCAUGUGGAAUCUGCUGAACAGAAUCAACAAGAAGAGGGAGAACAUGAGUAUCGAUGAGAGGUCACGAGAGAUUGACCAAGGAAAGAAGGGUGAUAGGCAUCCCGACUUCCGAUACACGCUUUGA